GUCCGGACACGGUCGACUGUGCUGCUGGCAGGAAUCCGGUAGUUCUCAUGAGAAGGAGCAAGCUGGACGCUGCGGAGCUGAGGCGCUGAGGAGUGAUUAGACGGCAAGGGUGGGUGGGACCUUCGUCAUUUUUAACAUUGCUCUACCACGGAUCAACAUGGCCACAGCUCGCUUGUUUGUGGCGCGUCACUGCGAACGCGCAGCCUUUGCGCGCGAUGGUCACUUUGACCUGGAGCUUUGCCAUCAAGAACAAGCGGGCAAACGCCGCUUUUGGAACGAUGCCUUGACGGGUGAAGGGACGCGCCAGGCCGUGGCCCUGAGCCGAGACCUUCCCGUCGGCAGCGUGCGUCGCAUCGUGGCCAGUGAUUGGCUGCGCUGCGUGCAAACCGCUUCGAUCGUGGCUCGUGAGCUUGGCCUGACCGAGAUUGAGCUUGAUCCCGCCCUCGGCGAACACGAGCGUGAGGCUUGGUUUGGCGAGACGGGUAGUCGACCCGGGCACCUCACUCACUCGUUGCCCGAGCUGCAAGACUUUGUUGAUGCCACCCUGGGCCCCAACGGGCAGCGAAUUCUGCUCAAGCCCCACGCUCAACCGUUUCCGGAUCCCCGCCGUGCCACGGAUGCGUGGGAAGUGGGCGAGGCCCGAACGGCGGCCGUGGCGCAAGCUAUCCUGACCGCUGGUGUGAAAACUUUUGGCCACACGCUUCUAGUCACCCACGGAGGCGUCGGACAGCGUACGGUCGAGGCCCUCACUGGUGACUUUCCGGGUGGCGCCGACUUUGCUGCCUGGUGCGCCGUGGAGCUCAGGGAAGAGCCAAGGACCGACUCCAACGAGGCGGUCACCACAGCCUCGCUGGUUCGCAAAUUUGGUGCGCCGCUCUCCGUGACCCCGGAUCAACGCUGGGCUGAUCCGCAUCUCGCCAACUGGCGCAAGUGGUUUGGGCCUGAAGGUGCGCGCCUGGGCCUUGAUGGCCCAGCUCGGGUGCUGGAGCUUGGAAGCUGGGAGGGCCUCAGCAUGAGCAUGUGGCUGAAGGAACUCGUAUCCAUGCACCCGGAAAGUUGCUUGGUCUGCAUUGACCACUUUGAUGACAUGCAAACGGAAGCCGGACAGCUACGUCGCCAGCGACUGCACGCCAACACCCGCUGCCUUACCCAGCAUUAUAAAAUCCGGGUCGUGCCACGCUUCACGCUGCCCGCCCUCAUGGACGCUCUGCAUGACUUCAACGGCUGGCAUGGCGAUGGCCCCGCCAUCGACGAGGGCUUUGAUCUGGUGUAUGUUGAUGCAGACCAUGCAGCCCAUUCGACCCUCUUGGACGCGCUGCUUGCCUGGCGUUUGCUACGCAAGGGUGGCUACCUCCUUUUUGAUGACUACGAAUGGCCCACACGCAGCCCCAAGGACCCACAUAACCCUCCUAGCCAGGAGCACCCUGAUCAUCCAAAGGCUGGGAUUGAGGCCUUCCUAGCGCUAUCUGAACACGAGCUGGAAGUUGUGUCACGCGGCUAUCAGGUGCUGGUGCGCAAAACUGGAGGCCAGGUGGACACGGGCUUUAUUUCGCCUCAGAGCAGCGUCGUGCCGGUGGCAGCUGUUGUGGACGCAGAGACCUGGCCCAGCGUCGCCACUGACCUCAAGGAGCUGGCUACCAAAGCCAGCGCAAGUAAGCGUCAGCUUGAUAUCCUGCUCCUAUAUGCCCAGUCAGAUGUCCACCAAUCUGUGGACGAGCAGCCAGGUGCAGCAUGGCAGCAAAAAAUGACCGAAGCUCUUCCUGUUGAGCUCCAACGCACCUGGCUACCAGUGCCGCUCGGCAGCGUGCCCUUACAAGGGGCUGAGCGCCGCGCCCAUGUGGGUUUGCACCUCUCUCAGGUCUGCCCUGGUCGCGUUGCUGAAGCCCUCUUUCUGCUGCCCAAUGCCGUUCGCGACUCGACUUGGGCGAGCGAGGUGCUGCGCCUUUGGCGUCAGCGCCCAGUUGAGGGUACAGUGGCCUGCGCAGCGCCUGAUCGCCUGGGGGCUGUAGUCUUACGCCCACACCGUCUGGCCCGCUCAACGGUCGCGCUAACUCUUGUUCACGAAAGCAUCGAGGCUCAGCGUGCUGGGGGUUGGCUUGGUGUUGUUCGUCGUGCCCUUCCCGAGACUGAAUUUGUGGAAUGUGAGCCAUCUUCUGCUUGAGCACCCCAAAAAGACCACUGAUGUCAACUCCUUCCUCAAUUCAAAUUGACAAAG